UAACUUCCCUGCUAGCUACUGGACCUGCGUAGUCCAUCUUGUUUGCUUAUUUUUACAAGAAAUUUCACGCUGAGCACGAAAUUUGAUGAUAUAUUCUAGUGUAGGAGAAUAGGAUACCAGGAAUAUUGACGAAUUGGGUUGCCAAACAGGAAAAAUGGCGCCUGUCGCCCGAGAUCAGAAGGCCAUUGUGCUGGACCAUAUCCAGUCCAACGAUGUGAUGAUCUUCAGCAAGAGCUAUUGCCCUUUCUGUGUGAAGGUAAAGGAACUCUUCAAUGGUAUGAACAUAAAAUACAAGGCACUGGAACUUGACCUCCAAGAUGAUGGAGCAGAACUUCAAGAAGCCCUUUUAAAGUUGUCUGGACAGAAAACAGUUCCUAAUGUUUAUAUCAAAGGAACUCAUAUAGGUGGAUGUGAUGAUACAUUUGCAGCUAAAUCAAAUGGAAAAAUAAAUCACCUUCUAAAUGUAAACUCAUAUGAUUAUGAUCUCAUUGUGAUUGGUGGGGGUUCCGGAGGCCUUGCUGCUUCUAAGGAAGCAGCUGUACUGGGCAAGAAAGUAGCUGUUUGUGACUUUGUGAAACCGACCCCAAAGGGAACAACAUGGGGACUUGGUGGCACAUGUGUUAAUGUGGGUUGCAUUCCCAAGAAAUUAAUGCACCAAGCAGCUAUUUUAGGUGAAUCAUUACAAGAUUCAAGACAUUAUGGCUGGGAAACUCCUGAAAGUGUCCAACACAGCUGGAGUCAAUUACGUGAUGCUGUCCAAGCCCAUGUAGGAUCUCUUAAUUGGGGAUACAAAGUAGCACUCAGGGAAAAAGAUGUUACUUACAUCAAUGGUUAUGCAGCAUUUGUAGAUGCACAUACUAUCAAGACUGUGAAUAAGAAAGGUAAAGAACAGAUUCAUACAGCUGAGAGGUUCUUGAUAGCAACAGGAAUGAGACCACGCUAUCCUGACAUUCCAGGCUCCAUAGAAUACACCAUAACAAGUGAUGAUCUCUUCUCAUUACCAUACAACCCUGGUAAGACGGUAUGUGUAGGAGCUUCCUAUGUAUCUUUAGAGUGUGCUGGAUUCCUAGCUGGUAUGGGUAAUGAUGUCACUGUCAUGGUUAGAUCUAUUCUACUUCGUGGCUUUGAUCAGGACAUGGCUGAAAAAAUUGGCAGCUAUAUGGAGAAGCACCAUGUCAACUUUAUCAGGAAAGCAGUACCUACAAAGAUUGAAAUGGUAAAGGACGGUCAGCCCCCAACCCUAAGGAUUCACUACAAGAAGACAGAAAGUGGAGAUGAAUCAACAAUUGAAUGCAAUACGAUUCUGAUGGCAAUAGGAAGAGAUGCCUGUACCACAGAUAUUGGACUUGAUAAGGUUGGUGUCAUCACCAAUACCAAGAAUGGUAAGAUUCCAACUACCAAUGAACAGACCAAUGUGCCACAUAUCUAUGCUGUAGGAGAUAUCCUUCAAGAUGGUCAUGAAUUAACACCAGUAGCCAUUGAAGCAGGCAAGCUUUUAGCUAGGAGACUCUACAAUAACAGCAAUCGUCAAUGUGACUAUGUGAAUGUACCUACAACAGUCUUUACUCCUCUUGAGUAUGGAAGCUGUGGUCUCCCAGAAGAAGAUGCUGUGGCCAAGUAUGGACAAGAGAACCUUGAAGUUUAUCACACGUACUUCCAGCCUUUAGAAUACACUGUAUCACAUAGAGAAGCAAAUGCUUGUUACGCGAAGAUUAUCUGUGACAAGUCAAACAAUGAGAAAGUUGUAGGAUUCCAUGUUCUUGGACCAAACGCUGGAGAGAUGACACAGGGAUUUGCUGUAGCAAUGAAGGCAGGAGCAACGAAAGAACACUUUGAUUCAACUAUCGGUAUCCACCCUACAUGUGGUGAGCUUUUCACUACAAUGAAAGUAACAAAAAGUUCAGGUGAAGAUAUAACCCCAUCAGGCUGCUGAGGUUAAACCCUACCACUCUAGUUCCCUUCUAGUACUAAACUUGUCUGCCUCUAAGAAUUGCAAAACAUCUUUGCACGAUUUACUGGACAUCUGUGUAUGCUGCUAAACAUUUUUUAUUAUUAGAAUAUUGCUAUAUCAUUAGUUUGUUAGGGUGAGUAAUUCUGUAGUCUUAAGAAUAUAUUUUAUGCUAUUGAUUGCAAAAUGCAUAUAAUACUUGUGUGGAAAUUUAUUUGAUCUUUGUGUAGCUCACAUAUUUUGAUAUAUAAUAUCUUAGUAAUAACCUGUCUUCCUUAUAGCGUAAUUAUCUUAAUUUGUAGAUGAGACACAUGUGAAA